AUGCCUACUUGCUCAGGAUUCAACAGCAGCGUCAGCAUGACCUUCAUCGGCACGGCGACCGCUAUUCUUGAGAUCGACGGUGUCAAGUUCCUGACCGAUCCCUUCUUCGCGCCGGCUAAGACUUCCUAUCAACACCCAGAGCGCGGGUACCAGCUCUUCAACCACGACGAACCCGCUCUGACCCUCAAAGAUCUUCCUCCUAUCGACGCCGUCCUCCUCAGCCAUGAAGACCACUGGGAUAACCUCGACGAGCUUGGCCGCCAGCUCCUCGACGGCCGCCAUGUAUUCACCACGAUGGACGGUGCUAAGCAACUGGCCCCUCGGCCAGGCGUCGUCGGCAUGCGGCCGUGGCAGGAAAACACGAUUGCCUUGGGCGGCAAGACGUUCCGCAUCACGGCUACGCCCGCCGUCCACGUUCCCGGCGACGAGUGCACCGGCUUCAUCCUCACGACCGAGUCCUUUGGCAAACACCCCGACGGUCGUCCCAACGCCCUAUACUUCAGCGGCGACACCGUGUACACGGAUGAGCUCCCUGCGAUGGCCGACAGAUUCCAUAUUGCGGCCGCCAUUAUGAACAUUGGCGAUGCUCGUUUCCAAUUUGAGCCUGAGCCUGCCCCGAAAACCCAGAUCACCAUGGGCGGUAAGGACGCAGCCCAGCUGUUCCGCGCCAUCAAGGCCGACUGGAUCAUCCCCAUGCACUUCGACGGUUGGGACCACUUCACGCAAUAUCAACAGGAGUUGACGAAUGCUUUCGAGGAGGCUGGUGUUCAUGGGCAUGUCAUCUGGCUCAAGCUUGGAGAGCCAGUCAAAAUCUUUUGA